AUGCAGUUCUUUGCUAAGCUCUCCGUCGCGGCUGCGUUCGCAUCCUCGAUCAUCGGUGCCUUCGCUGCCCCCACCAAUGGCACGCUCUCGACUCGUGCUCUGGCACAAGUUAUCACUUCAUGCACCGUUCCAAACACCGUCGCCCUCACUUUUGACGAUGGGCCAUACUCAUACAUAUAUGAUAUCUCGAAGGCUUUGGUCGCAGCUGGAGCCAAAGGGACCUUUUUCUUCAACGGAAAUAACUACGGAUGUAUCUACAGCGCCGAAAACCAAAAGCGCGUAAAAUAUGCCUACGACAAGGGUCAUCAGAUCGGCUCCCACACCUGGGCCCACAAGGAUCUAUCUACUCUCACUUGGGAUCAAGUCCAUGAUGAGAUGUGGCGUGUUGAGCAAGCUCUCCAGAGAAUUGUGGGUGUUACUCCUGCAUUCAUGCGCCCUCCUUAUGGCAACUAUAACGACAACGUUCGUAGCGUUGCUAGUGCCCGUGGACAGAAGAUCGCUAUCUGGGACUUCGAUAGCGGUGAUUCCGUCGGUGCUACUCCAGCUCAAUCCAAGGCGGACUACGAUGGUAUCAUUUCUCAGCACCCUUCGACCAUCCUUGCGCUGAACCACGAGACCUAUGAGCGAACUGCGCAUGAGGUUAUCCCUUACGUGAUCCCUAAGCUUCAGGCCGCAGGUUACAGGUUGGUUACUCUUGCGGAGUGCCUCGGUCAGCAGCCCUACCAAUCCGUUGGUUCUCCACAAACCCCCGAUGCUUCCUGGACUUGCUAA